AUGGUUCGGAACCUGUACGGAUUGGGACUCUAUCACUGUGAUGUCCCGCUGGCGUCCACGUUGCCACGAGAGUCCUUCAGCAGCUCGUCGGAACUGUCCAGCAGCCACGGCCCGGGGUUCGCAAGUCUUAAUCGCAGAGAUGGGGCCGGUGGCUGGUCUCCACUUGUGUCAAAUAAACACCAGUGGCUGCAGGUCGACCUUGGAGAGAGAAUGGAGGUCACAGCUGUGGCCACGCAGGGAGGGUACGGGAGCUCCGACUGGGUGACCAGCUACGUCCUCAUGUUCAGUGACGGCGGGAGGAACUGGAAGCAGUACCGGCGAGAAGAAAGCGUCUCGGGUUUUCCAGGAAACACAAACGCGGACAGCGUGGUGCAUCACCCACUGCGGCCUCCCCUCGAAGCCAGGUUCCUGCGCUUCCUCCCCUUAGCCUGGAGCCCCAAGGGCAGGAUCGGGAUGAGGAUAGAAGUGUACGGAUGCACGUACCGAUCCGAGAUGGUUAACUUUGAUGGGAAAAGCUCCUUGCUAUACAUGUUUAAUCAGAAAUCCAUGAGUCCAGCAAAAGAUGUUAUUUCUUUGAAAUUUAAAACCAGGCAGACUGAUGGAAUUCUACUCUACAGAGAAGGACAAAACGGCAAACACGUCACCCUGCAGUUAGUUAGAGGAAAGCUCAUCUUAUCGCUUAAUUCAGGCCAUUCUAACCUGCCCUCACCUGACGCCCGUGUGACCCUCACCCUGGGAAGCCUGCUGGAUGACGAGCACUGGCAUUCUGUCCUCAUCGAGCUUGGGAACACGCAUGUCCACUUCACCGUGGACAGGCACAGUCAGCAUUUCCAGGCCGAGGGCGAGUGCGACUACUUGGAUCUUGAUUGUAAGAUCAGCUUUGGAGGGAUUCCCGGACAUGGAAAAUCAGUGGCAUUCCCACAUAAAGACUUUCACGGCUGCUUUGAAAAUCUCUACUAUAAUGGAGUGGACCUCAUUGAUUUGUCCAAGAAACACACACCGCAGAUCCUCGUCACGGGAAAUGUGUCCUUCUCGUGCUCACACCCACAAAUUGUGCCCGUGACUUUUCUGAGCUCCAGGAGUUACUUGGCUCUGCCGGGCACCACCGGAGAGGACAAGGUGUCGGUCGCUUUCCAAUUCCGAACGUGGAACAGGGCAGGGCUGCUGCUGACCACUCAAUUCCAACAUGGGCCAGCGGCUCUCGUCCUCAUUCUUAAUGAUGGAAAACUCAGACUGAGUCUCUCCCAGCCCGGACAUCUGGCGAGGGACGUCACAGCAGGUGCUGGAUUAAGUGAUGGGCAGUGGCAUUCAGUGUCCCUCUCGUUGAAAGGAAAUCACCUGAGUGUGAUGGUGGAUGGUGAGGCAGCCGCUGUGGCUCACUCCCUGCGAGGGCAGAUUGAUUCAGGGGACACCUAUUAUUUGGGCGGCGCCCCAGACAAAGGCCGUAAUUAUGGCCUAAAAUGCAAGUCUCUGGGGGGCCUUGUUUCGAU